AUGCCUCCAGGGAGCAGAGGACGAGCUGGCAAGUUCAGCAAGCCUACUAGAGGAGGCGGCAAGAAGUUUAGCAAGAACCUCACUCCUUUAGAUGCAGAUGGCAAUCCAACCAGCAUGUGGGGAGACCAGCGUGAUGCCAAAGCUCAGUCGUCGUCUUCAGAAGAAGACUCAUCAGAGGAGGAAUCAUCAUCAUCGGAAGAAGACCCGGACAAACCUCCUAUGACACGUGAACAGCGUCGUGCUGCCGCCAAAGCAAAGAAAGAAGCAGCUAUCAAGAAAAAGUCCUCAAAAGCCGCCGCUCCAGGUGACCUACCAUCAUCUUCGUCUGAGGAAGAAGACGACGAUGACCUUGCCCCCGCGAACCCAAACCAUACCGCCAAAUCCCGCUCCCAAGCCUCCGCUGCUCCCAUCCAACCUACAGAUGGCCCCUCCAAAUCAUCAAAGUCUACACCCGUCAGUCAGCUCUCCCGUCGCGAGCGUGAAGCUCUCCAAGCACAGCAAGCAAAAGAGCGAUACCAGAAGUUGCAUGCCGAAGGCAAGACCGACGAGGCCAGAGCAGAUCUGGCGAGGUUGAGUCUGAUCAAAGAUAAGCGAGAGCAAGAGGCCGCAAGAAAAAAGGCAGAAAAAGAGGAGAAGGAAAGCCUAGAACAGGAGCGACAGAAGGAACAAGAUGCGAAAGAGAGCAAGAAGAGGGAGGCUGCUAUGGGCUCUGGUGGGGCCAGCGGGAAAGGCGGCAAAAAAAAGCCAUGA